UAGUAUUAAACAUCCAAUUUUUAUUUCAGAUUUCGAACGGUGAGUAAAAACUCGUAAUAUGUCUUAUUGGCUUAUUAUCAGUACUUAGGUAGUAAAAGGUAGUAAAACAAAUAAAAUAUAUAUAUUAUCGAAACAUCAACCAACAAGUGUAAGUCAGUCUGAUAACAAAGGUAUUUGUUGUUUUGGUUUUUUCAUUAAAGGUCUCUGUUCGUAGCCUGAGAAUCGUUUUUUGACUACGAUCUAAUCGAACUCGAUGGUUUUUAUAUACACCGUUGGUUACGGGUUCGACAAAACCUUCCUCAGUGGAUAAAACACCCCCAACCCCUUGUGGCUCGUACAUUGGUUGCUAUGGAGUUAAAAGGAAAACACGCUUCGAAGUUAUCAGUUAAACGAUCGGCUUCUCCGUAUCACACCAUUCGCGUUUCAUCGUCGCAGAUAGUAGGUGCCUCUUCUUAUACAUUAAAUUAUUUUCUAUUGCUAAUAGGCAACAUUUAGGUAUAGUCAUAUCAUCACGGUUCGAGUUAAUUAGGUACUACAGUGGUCCCGUGUGGUGACAUACCUCUACGACACGUAUAGAAGUAGAGAAUGACUCGUAGUACGUAAAAAAUCCUCCACACAGCUGCAGGAAACAUGGACGGCGAAAUCGUUGUGCAGGACCUCGAGCUACAAUCGCUGAUCGGAUUCGACGGCAAUCCUCUGAACGGCCUCAUACUGCACCCGGACGGCGUUCAUCUGGUGUACCCGCUCGGCACCAAUAUCACGGCCUACAAUUGGCACACGAAAGCCCAGCGGUUCUUCGAGGGGCACACGAACGUGAUAUCGGCCGUCACGGUGUCGACUUCUGGCCGGUACGUGGGUUCGGGUCAGGUGAACUACAUGGGAUUCCGGUCGCCGAUAAUCGUGUGGUGCUUCCACACCGGGCAGGUGGUCGCUAAAUACGAGUCGCACAAGGUGCGCGUCGAAUCCGUCGCGUUCUCGUGCUGCGAGAACUUUCUGAUAUCGCUGGGCGGCGUCGACGACGGUUCGGUGAUCGUCUACGACAUCGACAAGCGGGAGGUGCUGUGCGGGUCGUCGUCCGUCAAGUCGACCGCUGGCACGGCGACGGUGCUCCGGCCGGUGCACACGCGCGGCGAGUGUUUCGUCGUGGCCGGCGAUAACAUACUCAGGCUGUGGACGCUAAACAGGGAACAGCGAAACAUUCAGGGGCUGGACGGUUCGUUCGCCAAGAUCAAGCGCAAGAUCCUGUGCACCGUUAUCGACCGGCUGGACGAGUAUGCGUACUGCGGCACCAGCACUGGAGACGUGAUGAAAAUCAAACUGAACUUCUCGGCCGACACGGCCGUGGUGGCGCCUACCAACGCUCCGACCCUGGUCGGGUGUUUCGCCAAGCACCCGCCAGCCGGUAAGAACAGGCGCGGCGUUUCCGCCACAGCCGCCGUGGAACUGUAUAGCAAAGGGAUCACGGCGCUGUACCUGGUCGCGGACGGCACCAUGUUGGUGGGUUCCGGGGACGGCGUCAUCGAACUGGUCAAGCAGAGGGCCCGCGACGACGGUCGCGGUUCCGGUGGUCGCAGCUCGUACAGUAAAACGGGUAGCACGCGGCUGGCAACGCCCACCCGCCCGCUGCUGGUGGCCAUCAAGUCGGCCAACGUCGAUUCGUCCGUGACCAGCAUACAGCUGAUGGACGACGGCGUCGUGCUGGUGGGCACCGUCGACUGCGAGCUGUUCGCUGUCCGGGCGCGCGACUUCGACGUCACUUGCCUGUUCACGUGCCACACGUCUGUGGUGUACGAUCUGGCGUUCCCACACGACUACAGCAAGGUGUUCGCCACCGCCAGCAAGCACGACGUGCGCGUCUGGUCCGUGGACACGCUGCAGGAGCUGCUCCGAAUCACCGUGCGCAACUUCACGUGCUCCGGCGUGCUGUUCUCGUACGACGGCGCGCAGAUCGUCACGUCGUGGAACGACGGCAACAUCCGGAUAUUCGCCCCGGAAACCGGGCGGCUGCUGUACGCCAUCAACAACUGUCAUAACAAGGGCGUGUCGGCGAUCGCCAUGUCCAAGGACGGCCGGAAGCUGCUGAGCGGCGGCGGCGAGGGCCAGGUCCGGGUGUGGCAGGUGAACAACCUCAACGGGGCGCUGCAGGCCGUGCUCAAGGAGCACAAGGGCCCGGUGAGCUCGAUCGACGUGCACCAGUUGGGCCAUGAGGCGAUCACGGCUAGCGCGGACGGCACGUGCGUCGUCUGGGACAUUGUCCGGUUCACGCGACUAUCCAUCAUGUUCUCAUCGACGAUAUUCACCAGCGCCAAGUACCAUCCUAAUGGCGCCCAACUGCUCACUUGUGGCACUAAUAGGUACAUUGGAUUCUGGGAGGCGCUCGACGGGUCGUUGAUACGCGAGAUCGAAGGAUCGUCGGCGUCGGCGCUCAACUCGCUCGACGUUACGCCAAACGGUAAGUACAUCGUCACCGGUAGUUCAGAUCAAAUGGUGAAAGUGUGGCUGUACAACGAGGGGGUACCCACGCAUGUCGGUGUGGGUCACGCGGGUGUGGUGACAAACGUGAAGGUAAGCCCGGACGGUAAGUUCGUAGUGAGCACGAGCGCGGACGGCGGCAUAUUCCUGUGGCGUUUUCCGCACGUCGCGGACACCGCACCACCCGGCAGCCGGUGCAGCGCAAACAGUGGUGGUGGCGGUGCAGGCAGUCUGCGGGAACAGCAGACCGACCGCUCAAGGCAGCUGUCGCUAAAGAAGACGUUACCGGCUAGGAAGGAGAACAUCAACGUCAUAUCCAAGGCGCAAAAGGUACGGACGGACGCGGAUGGUAGCGGAUCGUCGACUGCGGCGACGUCAUUGAAAGUAACAGGUGACGGAAAUACCGUCGAAAAAGCCGUCGAUGGAUCGGUAAAAUGUCUGUGCCGGCGAGGGUCGACGGCCACUUGCGUUCGUUGCGACCACGGUACAGAGAGCUGGAAGGUCAAACCGUUUGCCCGAUGACGAGUACCUAAAUUAUUAUUUGUACUAAGCAGUACAAUAAAUUAUAAUUUAAAGCAUGGACUUUACCCCAUUUUGGCGUUGUAAAGUAUUUGUGUAAAAUUAUUGAAAUACUCUUUUGAAUUUAUUUAAUACAAUUGUUUAAAUACUAAU